AUGGUUAUGGCAACAGCCGCCGUCGACCGCUUUGCACCGUAUCACUUUGAUAAUCAUCUUCUGAGGAAGAAUUUCUUCUUCGAUCAACACCAUCAACACAAUGGCGCCGUAAUUGCUAAACAGUUGAUUGGCGAUGCCCUUCGCCACCGUGUUGAGAAUAUUGACCAUGAGUCUUGUGAACCGGGGGAUGAGGAUACUUUUUUUGUAGGCGAUCUCGGCGAGGUCUACCGUCAGCACAUGAGAUGGAAGAAGAAUCUUCCACGUGUGAAGCCAUUUUACGCGGUCAAGUGCAACCCAGACCCUAAGGUCAUUCAACUCCUCGCCGGAUUGGGCACCGGUUUUGACUGUGCUUCCAAAUCUGAGAUCGAGCAAGUCCUGAAUAUGGGUGUUGACCCAGCUCGUAUCAUUUAUGCUCAGCCAUGCAAGACGAACUCUUACGUGCGCUACGUCGCCAACCGAGGCGUCAAGCAGAUGACUUUUGACAAUGCCGAUGAGCUGCGCAAAAUUGCGAAGCUCUUUCCUGAUGCCGAGCUAUUCUUGCGUAUUCUGACCGAUGAUUCCUCAAGCCUCUGCCGGUUGAGCUUGAAAUUCGGUGCAUCCCUCGAUUCUACCGAUGAACUUCUGGCACUCGCCAAAGAGCUCGGAUUGAAUGUUGUCGGCGUGAGCUUCCAUGUAGGCUCAGGGGCAUCCGACCCCCUUGCUUUCCUCAAGGCUGUUCAAGACGCGGAUACCGUAUUUAAACAAGCUUACGCUCACGGCUUUGACUUGCAGACACUCGAUGUUGGGGGCGGAUUCAGUGGGGAUACAUUUGAGGACAUGGCCCACGUUCUCCGCGAUGCCCUGGACGAGUAUUUCCCACCCCACGUCAAUAUUAUCGCCGAGCCUGGCCGUUACUACGUUUCCUCGGCAUUUACUAUCGCUUGCAACAUCAUAGCUCGUCGCACCAUCGACAACCCAGCCACGGGUGAGACCAGCUUUAUGGCUUAUAUCAAUGAUGGACUAUACGGCAACUUCAGCAGCAUUAUGUUUGAUCACCAACAUCCGGUUGCUAAGGUGUUGCGAUCGGGUAACCAAACAUAUACUGCUCUUGCUGACAACCUUCCUGAAGGUGACAGCGCCGGCAUUGAGUACUCAAUCUGGGGGCCUACUUGUGACGGAAUUGACCGCAUCACUCAGAGUAUUCGUUUUCCCCACGAACUCAAUGUGGGUGAUUGGUUGUACUUUGAGGACAUGGGUGCCUAUACCAAGUGCUCGGCCACUAAGUUCAACGGCUUCAGCGACAGCCACGACGUCAUCUAUGUUUGCAGCGAACCCGGCGCUAGGGCUCUCAUGGAUUUCUAG